AUGAUGAAAUUUUCAGGUUUGUCUAAUGGGGUACCCUUAUUGUGUUGGCCAUAUUUUUCUGAUCAGUUUUAUAACAAGACUUAUGUUUGUGAAGAAUUGAAAGUUGGGUUGGGGUUUGAGAAAGAUGAAAAUGGAUUAGAGUUAAGUGGGGAGAUUAAAAAGAAAGUUGAUCAAUUGCUUAGUGAUGGGGACAUAAGGUUAAGGUCUAGGGAGAUAAGGGGGAAAGUAAUGAGAAAUUUAGCACAGGUGGAUCUUCAGAGAGUUUCAAUAGGAAUUGAUGAUCUUUUAACAAUACCUUCAAAAGGAUGGCUAGUCCAAGAUGCUGAACAACAAAGUUUCAUUUUGGAAAAACAUAAUCAAUAUGGAAAUGUCCAUGCGGUAGAAAAAUUACGCCAAUCCAUUGAAAUAUGGUAUGCUACAAGCGAAUAUUUGCGACAACAAAUGAAUUCCAAUUUUAGGAUGACUGACCCCUUUAAUCCAGUCCAUAUCAUGUCUUUUUCAGGAGCUAGAGGAAAUGCAUCUCAAGUGUACCAAUUAGUCGGAAUGAGAGGAUUAAUGUCAGAUCCACAAGGACAAAUGAUUGAUUUACCCAUUCAAAGCAAUUUACGUGAAGGGCUAUCUUUAAUAGAAUAUAUAAUUUCUUGCUACGGAGCCCGUAAAGGGGUUGUAGAUACUGUUGUACGAACAUCAGAUGCUGGAUAUCUUACACGUCGACUUGUUGAAGUGGUUCAACACAUUGUUAUACGGCGAACAGAUUGCGGUACCAUCCGUGGGAUUUCUGUAAACACCCGAAAUGGAAUGAUGCCAGAAAGAAUUUUGAUACAAACAUUAAUUGGUCGUGUAGUGGCAGACGAUAUAUAUAUAGGUUCACGGAAUACGUCUUGGAUCUGCCGAUUGUGUUAUGUGCGGAGUCCUAUUCAUGGGGACCUAGUAGAAUUGGGAGAAGCUGUAGGGAUUAUUGCUGGUCAAUCUAUUGGAGAACCGGGAACUCAACUAACAUUAAGAACUUUUCAUACUGAUGGAGUAUUCACAGGGGAUACUGCUGAAUAUGUGCGAGCCCCCUCGAAUGGAAAAAUAAAAUUUAAUGAGGAUUUAGUUCACCCUACACGGACACGUCAUGGAUAUCCUGCUUUUAUAUGUAAUAUAGACUUGUAUGUAACUAUUGAAAAUGACGAUAUUAUACAUAACGUCAUUAUUCCACCAAAAAGUUUUCUAUUAGUUCAAAAUAAUCAAUAUGUAAAAUCAGAACAAGUGAUUGCGGAAAUCCGCGCGGGAACAUCUACUUUAAAUUUGAAAGAGAGGGUUCAAAAAUAUAUUUAUUCUGACUCAGAAGGGGAAAUGCAUUGGAGUACCGAUGUGUAUCAUACAUCACAAUUUAUAUAUAGUAAUGUACAUAUCUUACCAAAAACAAGUCAUUUAUGGAUAUUGUCAGGAAAGUCGUGCAGGUCUAAUACAAUCCAUUUUUUACUUCGCAAGGAUCAAGAUCAAGUUACCAUGGAUUCACUUUCUAAUGGAAAAACAAAUAUUUCAAAUCUUUUAGAAAGGAAUGAUCAAGUAAAACAUAAAUUCAAUACUUUUGGUACAAAAGAAAAGUGGAUUAGCGAUUCUUCAAUAUUGAAUCAAAUCAUAUGUACAGAUCAUUCGGAUUUAAUGUAUCCUGUUAUUUUGAACGAUACUUUUUGUUUCUUGGCGAAAAGGCGAAGAAAUAGAUUUCUUAUUCCAUUUCCAUUCCAAUCGAUUCAAGAACGAAAGAACGAACUAAUGUCCCCUUCCGGUGUCUCCAUUGAAAUACCUAUCAAUGGUAUUUUUCAUGAAAAUAGUAUUUUUGCUUAUUUCAAUGAUCCUCAAUACAUAAGACAGAGUUCAGGAAUUACUAAAUAUACAACUAUAGGAAUUCAUUCUAUUUUUCAAAAAGAAGAUUUCAGUGAGUAUCAAGGAAUCGAAGAAGUAAAGCCAAAAUACCAAAUUCAUGUAGAUAAAAAAAAAAAUUUAUUCCCGAAGAAGUGCAUAUUUUACCCGAAUCUUCUUCCCUAA